UUUCACAUCGAUAUGUCAGUAUUCGCUGGGUGCGAUCACCCAAGCAUUUGCAGGCCAUGUGGGUACCCUCGAGCUAGCAGCUGUUUCCAUGGAGAAUUCUGUUAUUGCUGGCUUCUCUUUGGGUCUACUGCUUGGCAUGGGAAGUGCACUAGAGACACUAUGUGGGCAAGCCUAUGGUGCUGGGCAAUUGGACAUGCUAGGCAUAUACAUGCAAAGAUCAUGGGUCAUCCUCAUCAUAACUGCUCUCAUACUCUCCAUAUUCUAUGUCUUUUCCACUCCAUUCUUCAUUCUCAUUGGACAAGACCACAGUAUAGCUCAUGCAGCAGGAUUAUUUUCCCUAUACAUGAUACCCCAACUCUUUGCAUAUGCUGUGUAUUUUCCUAUUCAGAAAUUCUUACAAGCACAGAGCAGGAUGAUGUCUAUGACUGUCUUUGCCGGUAUUGCUCUAUUGCUGCACACUUUCUUCAGUUGGUUGGUGAUGAUCAAGUUGAAUUGGGGCAUGGUUGGAGCUGCAGUGGUGCUGAAUGGCUCAUGGUGGUUCAUAGUGGUGGCUCAGCUGAUUUAUAUUUUUUGUGGGAGUUGUGGAAGGGCUUGGAGUGGGUUUUCAUGGAAGGCAUUUCAAAAUCUGUGGGGUUUUGUUAGGCUCUCCCUAGCAUCUGCAGUUAUGUUGUGUUUGGAGGUAUGGUAUUUCAUGGUGCUAAUUCUUUUUGCUGGAUAUCUUAAGAACCCUGAAGUAUCGGUCGACGGAAUGUCCAUAUGCAUGAAUAUUCUCGGUUGGGCUGUUAUGCUUGCCAUAGGAUCCAAUGCGGCUACAAGUGUGAGGGUGUCGAAUGAAUUGGGAGCUGGGCAUCCAAGAACUGCAAAGUUUGCAGUGGUGGUAGUGGUGACCACAUCUUUAAUGUUGGGAUUUGUUAUCUCAAUGAUUUUGUUAGCAUCAAAGAAUGAGUGGCCAAAAGCAUUCACGAGCAGUGAGGCAGUAAAGAAGCUUGUUUCUGAGCUCACCCCUCUCCUUUGCAUAUCCAUUGUAGUGAACAAUGUACAGCCAGUGCUCUCAGGGGUGGCCAUUGGAGCUGGGUGGCAAGCUCUGGUGGCUUAUGUGAACAUUGGAUGCUAUUACAUUUUUGGCAUUCCUCUAGGCCUCCUCUUGGGCUACAAGCUUGACUUUGGAGUCACAGGAAUUUGGUGUGGAAUGCUUGCCGGGACUGGGGUGCAAACACUAAUUCUCAUUUGGAUGACAUACAGAACAAAUUGGAACACAGAGGCAUCCAUAGCUGGGGACAGGAUAAAGCAUUGGGGAGGAGAAGCUGUAAAGGCUAGUGAUGCAUAGAAAUAGAAGUAACAUGAUCUUCUUUUACUCUGUGCAAGAUUAUUUUCCAUUUGCUUUGUUUUCCUUCAAUGGGGGCUUUUGUUUGCAUCAAUUGGAUCAAAAGAAAGAGAAGAAUAAUGAGUGAAAAGAAUAAUGCUAUUCAUCAUUGCUUUCGAAUCUAGGAAUUUAUGUUGGCCUAAUUGUAAUUGUUCAACUUGUAACGUGUGGUUCUUCCCUUGAUUUUGUUAGCAGAAUAUUAGAUCCACUGAUUUGAUGAAUGUUAUUGCAGCGAUUUGAGAA